AAAGAAAAGUCUCUGAACACACUUGUCUGAUUUCUUUCUUUAUUUUUCGUAAUUUGAAAGCGAAGAGAGAGAAAACAAAUCGAGGAUCUGAAUCGUCUUCUCAAUAAACAAAUACACACACUUGUAUCUUCUUCACUCGCCACUCACAAAUCCCAUAUAUAAACAUUCAUUUCUAUCACUCUCUUAUCUCUUUCUCCUUUAAGUUCUUGACUUGUCGUUUUAAUUUUUUUUUUUUUUUUGCUUUAACGUAAGAUAAUAAAGCUUUCAUUUUUGAGAUCUGGGCUCGUGUAAAGAUUCUAUUUUUAUCUACCCAUCUUCUCUUUCAUUACCUAUUCUGCUGGAAUCAAACAGCUUGUGGAGCAAAAAGAAUCACGAGGAAGUAAAGUCUUGAUUGCGUCGUACGUUGUGGGGUUUUAGCUAAAUGUAAAAGAAAGUUAAUAAAGAUUCAAACUUUCAAUGGGGGAGUCACAGAACCUGCACUUGCCUCUACGUAACCGCUCUUCUCUCAAGAAGCCUUUACUGAUAGUUCUACUAGUCUGCACCACGAGCAUCCUCUUGGUCUGCACUUACAUGUACCCACAGCACAAAGUCAAGAGCCUCGCUUGCGAGGGCUUAUCCACCAGAGGCUGCCAAGCUGCUCUCUCCGGAUGGCUUGAUGUUCACGUGAGGAAACACACUGACGAGGAAGUCGCGGCUCGAGUCGUGAUCAGAGACAUACUCAGAACUCCACCUGCUCUGACCUCUAAAUCGAAGAUAGCUUUCAUGUUCUUGACCCCUGGGACUCUGCCGUUUGAGAAGCUGUGGGAUAAGUUUCUCCAGGGUCAAGAAGGGAGGUUCAGUGUUUACAUCCACCCGUCGAGGCUGAGACCGGUUCACAUCAGCCGUCACUUUUCGGACCGGGAGAUUCAUAGUGAUCAGGUCACGUGGGGGAGGAUCUCUAUGGUUGAUGCUGAGAGACGGCUUCUUGCAAAUGCUCUUGAGGAUCCUGAUAACCAACACUUUGUUCUUCUUUCUGAGAGCUGCAUACCAUUGCAUACGUUUGACUACACUUAUAGAUAUUUGAUGCAGGGGAAUGUCAGCUUCAUUGAUAGUUUUGAGGAUCGUGGACCUCAUGGGACAGGGAGACACAUGGAUCACAUGUUACCUGAGAUCCCAAGGCAAGAUUUCAGAAAGGGUGCUCAGUGGUUCACAAUGAAGCGUCAACACGCUUUGAUAGUGAUGGCUGAUAAUCUCUACUACUCUAAAUUCCGCCAGUUCUGCAGACCUGGGGUAGAAGCAAAUAAGAACUGCAUUGCGGAUGAACAUUACCUACCUACAUUCUUCCAUAUGCUUGAUCCGGGAGGAAUCUCGAACUGGUCAGUCACAUAUGUUGAUUGGUCUGAGCGUAGAUGGCAUCCAAAGACAUACAGAGCUCGCGAUAUCUCACUCAAGUUCUUGAAAAAUAUCACGUCUGAUGACGUGAGUGUACAUGUGACAAGCGUUGGCAAGCGUGGAGAAGAGCUUCGUUGGCCAUGUACAUGGAACGGUAUAAGAAGACCAUGUUAUCUAUUCGCAAGGAAGUUCCACUCAGAUUCUGUUAACAAACUUGUCAGACUCUUCCCAAACUACACCAGCACAGUGGUCUGAGAGAGAUGAAGCCAGACUCAAGUUCUCGCAACUGAACCAUACGAUUCUUGAAACAGGAACGAAACACUUCCUGAUUAUCUUGAGAUUGGAUUGGAUGGCUAAAUUUUCUGAAGAAUCUGAAAAUGCUUGUUGAUGAGACAGGUUACUCUGCUUUCAGUAGUAGUAUAAGCAGAGGUUUUUUUUGGUUUAAGGAUUGGUUAUUUAUGAUGUUAACCAUGGUUCGGUUAGCGUGUACCGUUUUGUGUUGUUGUAACUUGAGCUAUUAGUAGUUUUAAGGACAAGGAGUUACUAUGUUC